AAUGUCAAAAGAAUUCAUAACAUGAAUUUACAUUUAUGUCAUUCAUAUUUUACGCAAAGUUUUAAUUUUAAUUUUGUUACGUUUGUUAAUAAAUAUAUAAUAAAUAAAUGAAGUAAUUCUUGAAUAUAUAUAGAUUGAACUAUGGAAAUUUAUCGAAGAGGAGAAAAUGUUUUAAUUAAAAAAUUGUCUGUAAAUAAUAGUAGUAGAAAAUAUUUAUUUCUUUGAUGUGGGAGAAUUUUUAAAAAUACACCGAAAAUACGUAUAAAAAAUUAUUGCAUAUAAAAAAUAAAAAAAAAAGAAAAUGAUUCUUUAAAAAAUAUUUAUUUAAAUAUGACAACGUAUUCGAUAAAUCUGGACGAAAAGGGCCAGGAAGGGCCGAUUCGAUGUAUAUUUUUCUCAGAAUUCCAUCACAUUGCUGGUCCAAAAAUCACUUGUCAGGUACCAGACAAUUAUAUUUCAAAAGAUAUUUUCGACAAUGUGAGUGUUUACAUUAUUCCAAAGGCACAACUUCAACGAAGUACAAUUACUGUAACAUUAAAGGACUACAAAAUUCUUGGAUUUCCAGUGAAAAUUGACGAUAAAAAAUAUGCGAGAAAUGCAUUUUAUUUUAAUCUUUGUUUCGUUUGCAAUUCAGAGGCGCGAACAGUUCAUUAUGAGCCAGUUGUGAAGAAAAUGUCCGAUUUUUUGAUGGCUUUGGAAAUUGAAAACACAUUUCUCUCCGCUUCGGAGGAUAAAACGCGCCUCGCCGAAAUGCUGCGACACGUAAUGCAGGAUUUAAAUUUACAUAAAAUGUGUACACUGACUGAAGGAACAAUGACGUCGCAUUUAAAAGUCGUGCGCCUGGCACCGGAACCGCAGCCAGUUUUGGAUCACCAGGUGCCGAUAUUUUUGGAGGGCCGCGAAGCAUUUCGCAGCGAUCAAUGGGAUUUAACGACACAACAAGUCCUGCCCUACAUCGACGGAUUUAAUCACGUUUCACGAAUUGCCGUCGAGGCCGACGUUGACAAUAAUCUCGUCAAGAGCUGCGUACAAAAUCUCGUAUAUUACGGAGUCGUGACAUUAAUUCCGAUAUUUCAAUACAGUAACGUUUAUGCGACAACUCCAAAACUCAAGGAACUCGCGGAGGAUUUGAAUUUACAAGAAAAAUGUAUAGAAUAUUCGUCGAAGAGUCCGAGACAACCGGCAUUUUUAAGGGACAUUUUCCGCAUGUACUCAAAUAUGACACACGGCAGCAGUAUGAGGGAUUUGUGCCAGAGAUUAAAUCCCCAGAGUUUGAGGAUCAAUGAGAGGCGUCUCGUUCAAUUCGGUUUAAUUGAGGGUCUCAUUCGUCGUGUUUACAAGUAUCCAAUUCGCCUGCCGGGAAUACUGAGCGAGGAAUGUAAAAAUAACGUUCUUUAUAAAUAUUUCACUGGCUCUUACAAUCUCGACGAAAUUUGUUGCUCCACCGGACAAACAGUGGCGCAAAUCGAAGACAUUGUCGAACGCGAUCCCAAUGUCGUGAUGCUGUGGAAAUAAAUCAUAUACGAAUUUUCCAAUUUUUCAA